GGUGACGUGACUUUGUGCUGUGGGGCGUGCUUUAUCGAUCGAGCCUGUACAGAAUCCGCAAAUCAACGACAAUUGCGAGCGAGUGGGCCACACGCCCAGUCACUCUUGUGCAGCAAUGUGUCCAAAUCCCCAACAGCGCAGGGUCAUCAACACACAAAUGCCUUGUAGGUGGAUCCUGCCUAACAAAUGCCCACAACGAGAAGGUUAUCGGAUUGCCCUGCUUUGUGCGUGAAAUCAUUUCAAGGCUCAUAAGCUAUCAUUGUCCCGAUGUGCGGAACUGCGCGGGAGAGUGUGGCAGUGACAUUUAUGUAAUUCGAAAUCACACGGGGCUGUUCCUGGGCCUGGUUGUUAGACGCCCUCGCCCAUCCGAUCUGUGCGCCAGACAUCUAAGAUUACAGAUACUAUGGCAUCCACUCAACCGCAAAACACUAACCCAACAGUUGUAACCCGACCCGUCAACGGGACAACAGGACAGAUCGAUCCCUCUGUUCCCACUGGACAAACGGUGAAUCCAUCAUGCCAGAGUGUAGGAAGUGGCGAAGCUACUCCUCCUUUUCCGCCCAAGGAGCCUCAGGAGCCAGUUACUCAGCCAUCAAGCGACCAGCGAGGAGCGCUUAAUCAGGAUGUUUCCAGACCUAGCACUAAGAAUGACUCUGUGCCUAUCAAGUCUCGGCCAGACUCUCCUCAAGUUCCCCCGAAGCAUCCAGAUGGGAAAAGGGACGGCCACCUUGCGCGCAUCGGGGCGUGGCCAGGGCCCAAGGCAUAUCCAGGGCUGAUACCCGGGAACCAUGCGCCUCAGCAGCAGCUCAAUGCCCCAAAUCCUUAUCCUCAAUACUUGACCCCUUAUCAACAACAACAACAGCAGCAGCAACAGCUCCAAUUUGUUCAUCAAGAAGCAUGGAAACAAGCUACAGACCACUUUGGAAACCAAAUAAACACCCUGAGCUCCGCGAACGACGAUUUGAAGAGGAGACAACGAGAACUGCAAGAUGAUGUUGUCAGGCUCACAAAGGAACUUCGCGAGGCCCAAGCGGGUUACGCCAAUCUCCGCAAGCACCUGCAAGUUGGUGAUGAUACCGAGGCAAGGGAUAUUGUCACUGAGUUCAGAGAUGUCAACCGCGCUAUAGAAGAUGCUGCUCGUUUCAUUGCGGAUGCAUCUCUGAAGCAUUUUGAAAACAGGGAUGACCUCACAACCGGAAAUGCUCAAAACUUCGAUGCCUUGAAGGAAUCAUUCCUCAGGGGGAUGCCACCACUUGAAGAAAUGCUUGACUACGGGUUUCGUUCGAUAUUGUGCCAGGUGCUGUUCGAUGAGAUAUUCAAACCUUUUCAUCCUGCUUUUGGUCGCGGGAACCGGACGGACAAAACGGAAAGACUCGAUAGACACUUGAGGGAUAUAUACAAACAAAUUCGCAUCCAAGAACCUCAGGUUGUAGCUGGACGCUGGCGCGCCAAUACGUACAAGGCACUGGAUGCUCAAGUCAACAGUCACGACGCACUCCUAUCCAACAUCGUCCAAUUUGUCGUGAAUGACAAUCUUAUAUCCCUCUUGACAGCCAUCUUCCCUCAACCCCUCCAACCUGGGAGCGAGAUCUAUAAUCAUAUCCAGACGGAUGUCCUCCUUUUUGACUUUGUCCCAUUCCAUCAUACUGUGAUCUCUGUGGGGACGCUUGGGUUGAAGUCAAUACUUGCUGUCGAGGGGAAGCGAGACCCUGAAAUGCGGAUACAAGAGAAAGUCAAGAUAUUGACGACACAGUUCUUUGGAGAUUAGGGGGAUCAGGGUCUCUUUCAGAGAGCUGGGCCCCUUUGGGUUUUUGAUAAGUUUCUUGCAUCAACACCCGUGUAUCUGCUUACUCCUGUACAUGCUCACACAUGAUAAUCAUUUCGGCGAGAAUAGCAACG